AUGUCCGACGCUUCGGACGCCAGUACCCAGUCUGUCAAGAAGAAGCAGGGUAAAGGAUGGCGCUUCUGGGCAAUUUACAUCUCACUCUGCGUGUCAAUCCUCCUAGCUGCGGUUGAGUCAACGGUCACGUCGACCGCGUUGCCGUUCAUCGCGGAUGAGUUGCAUGCAGGCAAGAACUAUGUCUGGUUUGUCAACUCGUUCUUCCUGACGAGUGCUUGCUUCCAGCCCCUUUUCGGACAGACUGCAAAUUUCUUUGGUCGACGAUGGUUGAUGAUCGGCUCUGUGGCCUUGUUCGUCCUCGGCAGCGGCAUCAGCAGUGGCGCGAUCGACUCUUCGAUGAUGAUUGCUGGCCGAACAAUCCAAGGAAUCGGGGGUGGCGGUAUCAAUGUAAUGAUCGACAUGAUCGUUAGCGACAUGCUUCCAUUGCGCGAGCGAGGAAACUUCAUGGGUAUGAUAUUCGCCGUGUUCGCCGUCGGCACCUCCCUUGGCCCAUUUAUUGGGGGUGCUAUUGUACAGCAUAGUUCCUGGAGAUGGGUAGUAAGUAUUCAAGCCCAAUCUAUAUCCGAGAGAAUUGCAAGGCUCACCCGAUUUUAUCCAAAGUUCUAUCUCAAUCUCCCUAUUGGCGGAACAGCGCUCAUCUGCCUGUUUUCCUUUCUGCAUGUCAACUAUCAAAAAGAGCCAUGGCAGGAAAAGGUCAAGCGGAUCGACUAUACUGGCAACGGACUUCUUAUGACUUCUAUCGUCUCCAUUCUCCUCGCUCUCACCUGGGGUGGUACUACCUACGCCUGGUCAAAUUGGCGGAUCAUCGUCUGUUUGGUUCUCGGUUUCCUUGGGAUGAUUCUAUUCCACGCUUUUGAGGCCAGUCCAUGGUGUCGGGAACCUAUGAUGCCGCCACAUAUCUUCCGAAACCGUACUUCCUUCGUCGCGUUGGCUGUGUCCUUUAUCCAUAAUAUGCUCACGUUCUGGGUGAUCUACUUUGUACCGGUGUAUUUCCAGGCUGUGAAGCUUUCUACAUCUACUCGCGCCGGUGUACAGUUUCUACCUAGUGUGAUUCUCGCUGUGCCGACUGCCGUUGUCGCAGGUGGCCUCCUUACCAAAUUGGGCCGCUAUAAGCCUAUCCAUAUCGUCGCUACGGCUGUGACCCUCCUAGGAUUAGGUCUCUUUACUCUGUUCGAUGCGGAGUCUAGUCCAGCAGAGUGGAUCAUUUUCCAAGUAAUCACCGCCAUCGGCUUGGGUCUUCUGCUCACGACUACUCUAGCGGCAGUGCAAGUUCCCCUAGAAGAGAAGGAUGUUGGACUUGCGACGGCGACAUGGGCGUUUAUUCGCAGCUACGGUGCUAUCUGGGGAAUUGCAAUUCCAGCUGCUAUUUUUAACACCGAGUUCGCGCGCUUGUCGAAUCGUAUCUCAGACCCCGCUGUUUCGGCGCAACUUGCGGGUGGAGAAGCUUACUCUCACGUCUCUUCAACUUUUAUCAAGUCUCUUGCUCCUCAAGUUCAACGGGAGGUGGUCAGCGUAUACACCGAUACCCUGAAGCUGGUUUGGUAUGUCUCGCUGGCUUUUGCUGCUCUGGCAUUCAUCAUUACCUUCUUUGAGAAGGAGAUCAGACUACGAACCGAGUUGGAGACGGAGUAUGGAAUCAAGGAUCCUAAGGAAGGGAAGGAAAAGAAAACCGGUGCUGAGGUAUAA